ACUACGCCAAAUCUGACCUCGGUAUUCUCAGGAGCUCCAGUGGGCUUCGCUCUCCUGCAUCGUUAUCUCCUGUCUCAAUCAUAUAUUGUUCAGUGUUUAUCGUGGAAAGGACGAAUGGUCGGCUGUACUCCUCGAAAGACGAUCCCGAGGGUUCGUAACCGUGGAAGAAGUCGAUUCAUUUCUUCCCCGACAAAAUGCCGAAUAGAACUUGCGUCAGACGUCUUUGGAUAUGGUUUUCUGGACCGCAAUGUACUCAAAAGAGAAAAAACCCAGAAAACCUGCAUGUUCAGACAAGAAGGCUUCUUGUAACGAUGACCACGUCCAGAUGGAUGCACGACACCGUGUUCACUACAAGAACGAGGGAUCAUCUCAAAAACUGGCAAUGCAGACAUUGCCAUGUAAUCAGCCAUUCAUACACUUCCCUGCCUCUCCAGAGGUUCGAAAAUCAGAUCAGAUCAUUGACCUUGGCCACGCGAGUCUUCGUCAUGGCUUCAAAAAGCAGUGGAGUUAUUUUCCCCUCGGAGAUAUAUGCUGAGUACUCCAUAGAUGGCAAGCAAGGGCUUGGUGUCCUGAACAGCAAGGGGUCAGUCCUUUCUGUUUUGAUUUCGUCAUAUCUUGACCAAGGAACAGAGAGCAACUGGCGCCGAUUAACUUCAUCUUUACUCAGUAUAAUAAAUGUAAUACUGACAUAAGAGCAGUAUAUGAAUGGGAACAGCUCACAGUCUCAGGCUUGUAUCAGUGAACACAAGCCAGCCCAGAGCUGAGGAGCUCCACCUGCAUGUGGCACCUUUUUUAUGCAGUGACCGCAAUCAGUAAGCAGCAUAGUAUCUGUACCUACUUCUACCGAAAUUGACUGUUGUAAAAGCUCAUUUCAGGUGUAGUACCAGGUAGGCAUAUGAGCUCCUGUUGAUGUUUAAGUUAACUCUGCCCAGAGUCAGAGUUAAAUCAGUUCAAUUGUAUCAAAU